AUGAUGGCCACAUGCAAGAGAAUGGCCACGUGCAAGACGGACGUGUGCAAGAUGGAGGACAUACGCAAGACAAUCACCACGUGCAAGACGAAGGGCACGUGCAAGAUGAUGGCCGCGUGCAAGGCAAAGACCGUGCAAGAUGAUGGUCGUGUGGAAGACGAUGGCCACGUGCAAGACCAAGAGCAUGUGCAAGACAAAGGACACGUGCAAGAUGAUGGCCACGUGCAAGAUGAAGGACACGUGCAAGACAAAGGCUGUGCGCAAGAUGAUGGCCACGUGCAAGAUGAUGGGCACAUGCUAGAUGAAGGACACAUGCAAGACGAUGGCCACGUGCACGACAAAGGACGUGUGCAAGGCAAAGACCGUGUGCAAGACGAUGGCCACGUGCAUCCCCCCAUCUUGCCUCCAUUUGCGCACCCAACCACGCACCAGCCCCCCAAAGGCAUUUAUUGGGGUGCAGGGUCCAAGCAGUGCCAGGACUUGCGAGCUGGGCGGGGUGAACCCAAAUUCCACCAAAAUUCCUCCUCCUUGGACAGGUUCAGGAGCCAAAGCUGCUGGCGGGGUGUCCGGAGCAUCCCCCCACCCCACCCCACAGGGUGCUGCCAAAAAUCCGGGAAAAUUGCAAAAUCCAUCUCCAGCUGGGAGUGA